UAGUGAUUCCUUCUUUAUCACCUCUCGUCUUCCUCUCUCUCUCUUUCUCUCCCAAUGGGUAACUAUUCCUCUACUUAUUGUCCAGACGGGCUGGAAGGCUAUGCUCUUAUACCAAGGGACUGUGAUAACCUUGCCCUCUGCCUCAUAUUAACCAUCAUCAUUCAAAUCUCGUUCUAUCUUGUUGCCUGUACAUGCAAGUUUGACAAGGUGACAGAUUUUGCAGGAGGUUCCAACUUCCUUGUACUUGCUCUCCUUACUUUUGGACUCAGUGGGACUUACAAUACUCGCCAAAUCAUAAUGACUGUCCUUGUCACUCUCUGGAGCAUAAGACUAGCUGCGUACCUUCUUUACAGGAUCAUAAAAACCGGAACGGACAAACGUUUUGACGAUGUCCGUGGGAAUCCGCUCAAGUUCCUCGUCUUUUGGAUCUUUCAAAUAGUCUGGGUCUACAUUGUUAGCUUUACCGUCAUCUUCAUCAACUCGCCUACCGCUCCUAGGCCAGGCUUCACUGACAUAGAGCCACAAGACGUGACGGUCAUCAUUGGGGCCCUCAUCUUCAUAUUUGGACUCAUUUUUGAGACCAUCUCCGAUCAGGUCAAGUUCAAUUUCCGUAGCAACCCGGAGAACAAGGGAAAGUGGUGCAACGUGGGACCAUGGAAGAUCUCCCGCCAUCCAAACUAUUUCGGUGAGAUUACUGUGUGGUGGGGAGCAUUCAUCAUGAGCGCUUCCAUUCUUGAGACGUGGAAGUGGGUAGCUGUCAUUAGCCCACUCUUCAUUACCUUUAUUCUUGUCUUUGGCACUGGGAUACCACCAUUAGAGAGAAGCUCUGAUAAACGAUAUGGAAGUAAUCCACUUUAUCAAGAGUACAAGGACUCCACUAGUCCCCUGAUUCCUCUACCACCUGCAAUCUAUAAGAGGAUCAAUAAAUGGCUCAAAAUAUUCUUUUGCUGCGAGUUUCCAUUUUACAGGGGCAAGAUAGAGGAAGAUGGUCCUCAAAAAGACGAGAAAUCGCCAAUAGCUUCCCAGGACGAAAAAAACUGAAAAUUAACUAAAACUGUAGACGCUUGGUCACAUUUUAAUCAUUAAUAAUUUUAAAAUUAUAAUAAUUAAUGCUGCCAUUAAUAAUACAACAGUCUCAAAGGACUCCUAAAUUAA